UGGAGAUUACAGUGCUGCUUGUGCAGCAAACAUCACAUGAUCCCUCCCUGAAAACGUAUAAGUCAAACCUGGAGUGAUGGUUCAAUGUGGCUAAAGAAGAUGGGAGUUGUUGGAAGAUACAUCCGAGCCACCCCGGAUCUAUCAGUCUGAAUAUGGGACCGAGACCCAAGAACUCCUGAGUUAAAUCUAGCUGUGACACUCACCUUUUCUGUGAUGUUGGAUUAGCUUCUUUCCCGCCAUCAGCAACUGGCCCCCGCGUUCACCAUUGUAUGUGAACUGAAUAUUAUGUGUGACCGGAAAGCUAUUGAUCUGCAGCAUCAGUCAGCAGCCUUUUCUCACUGAGGGCCAGCUCUUUCCCAGCUUCUAACAUGUAAUUUGGAUCCCAAUCUUUCCCGUACCACACACUCCCCACCUGCUCAUCUGGGAGAAGGUCAUUAUCCCCCAGCUAUUCACUGGCAAUGGAGCAUGCAAGAAUAGAUGCUUCGUCUAUUGUCCUGCUUAUCUCUGAUUGGCUCUGGAGUGUGGGAAACUCAACCAAGUCAGAGACCCACAGAUUCUCAACGAGGUUGUGCAGUAUAAAUAUAGGGCAGAGUCAGCUUCCAGCAGCACACUUCCACAGGACGUCAGCACGACCGAGAGCUGCCUCCUCAGCUCAGGACAGAUGGCCCCCAGCACUGUUUUCAUGGAGCACAACAACCUGCUGACACCAAAAGAGAAAAACAAACUGAGGAAGCCGGUGGUGGAGAAAAUGCGCCGGGACCGGAUUAACAGCAGCAUCGAGCAGCUGAAACUCCUGCUGGAGAAGGAGUUCCAGAGACACCAGCCCAACUCCAAGCUGGAGAAAGCCGACAUCCUGGAGAUGACUGUCAGCUACCUGAAACAGCAGAGCCAGCUGCAGAUAAAGACUGCAGGAACCAUCCAUAAAAACUCUCAGUUCGACUUCAAGGAAGGCUACUCCAGGUGCCUGCAGGAGGCUUUCCAUUUCCUGUCUCUCCAUAAAGUCCAAACAGAAACGCAGAGCAAGCUCUUGAGUCACUUCCAGAAGAGCCAGUCGGCUACGCCAGAGGUCAUCUGCUCCCCUUCCAGCCAGAACACCCCAAAGCAAGCAUCCCUGAAGAACGUUAAUGCUCUCUGGAGACCCUGGUAGACUGCGGGGAUGGGGGGGGGGCAGGAAACGCUUGCUCUAUGGACCUUUGUCUUUUAUAUUCCAGAGGAUGGGAGUGACUGCAUCUGAUAGUCACCCCCUGAUCCUCUCUAUGUAGGGAAUAUUAUUUCCCGUUUUAUUUAUGUGUGGAAAGAAUGGGAUACUUUUGAUUCUUCAGUUUCAUGUGGGAUCCUCUGGAAAAGGUUCGGGUAUUCUGUUGAGUGGUAUUUAAGCUGUGCAGACACUGGUGAUAGCAAUGUACACCAGGGCACCCAGUCUAGGGGCGCGUGUCUUCAUAAUGAAGGAGGUUUUUGUAGGUGGCUAGAUGUUAUCAGUGUUACAGUUGUGUUAAGAUUGUAACAGAUAGCGGUCUCUGUAGGAGAGAAUUCUCUAAUUUUGCUUGUAAAAGCGGUCAGCUUUGCUCCCACUUUCCUAGCAACCUUUGCUCACUCUUAAUUUAGGACGAAUGUAGUACUCACUAUUGGUGGACUGUUUUACAAGUUCUCUUGCCCUCUGUUUGCUUGCAGCGCUUGCAUAGCAGCAAAGAUAGAUUCCUAGCUUCUGUUCACCCAUCACACUUUAGGGCUAGCAAGAGGUCACUAGAUAAAACUAUGUGGAAUAUUUCUACCAUUUUGCUGCUUUUUCUGUUUAGGAAAAUAAUAUUUUAAUGCUUUAUAUUAAAGAAAAAAGAAAGUAGAUGCAAGGUUUGGUGGUUCAAUGUUAUACAUUUUGGCUGUCAGGCUAGCUCUUUCCAGCAUGUUCAUUAUGAUAAUGAUUGUUCUCUGUACUGAGCGGUUUCAUUCAUUGUGGAUGGUGAAUUUCUCCCAUGCCUGGGAAUGGCCCUGUGGGCUCUGUGCAUACUAUGUAUGCAUCUGUAUCACGUUUGUAGAGAGAAAUAAAAAUGCAUUUGUGUGCAA